GAGCGCACUUUGCCCUAAGAGGAGACAGAAUGGAAAAGUGACAGUGAGCAGGGGGAAAGAAUUUAUUGCACUGUACAGUACUUUAGAUAAUUCGCCUGCGGCUGCCAAUCUGUAGCCCUAGGAGCUGCGUGGUGAAGCCCUGACCAAAUACAUGCAUUACUGGGAAAACCUCCUCAUUAUUGCUGAAAGGCUGAAAGCAGUUUAAAAAAAAAACCGAAGUUCUGGAAAUGGGGAUAACCGAUCAAAUACCCAUAUAUGCACUUCUGUGCGUCUUUCACUCUGUACAGGGAAAUGGGGAACAAUCACAGACUGUCUACUUCCUUCCCGAAUUUGCACUUUCUCCACAGGGGAGUUUUCUGGAAGACACAACAGGCGAGCAGGUCUUGACUUACCGCUACGAUGAUCAGACAUCAAGAAUCACACGUUCCGAUGAGGAUAAAGAUUCUGGCUGGGAUGCAUGGGGACCUUGGAGUGACUGUUCAAGAACGUGUGGUGGAGGAGCUUCCUAUUCCCUGAGACGAUGCUUAAAUGGCAGGCGCUGUGAAGGGCGGAACAUUAGGUACAAAACCUGCAGCAAUGUGGAUUGUCCUCCUGAAGCUGGCGACUUCAGACACCAGCAGUGCUCCGCACACAAUGAUGUAAAGUACCAGGGGCAGUAUUAUGAGUGGAUUCCCCUCUACAAUGAUCAUGAAGCUCCAUGUGCACUGAACUGUCAGGCCCGGGGAACGCCUCUAAUUGUGGAGCUAUCACCAAAAGUACUCGAUGGUACCCGAUGCAACACCGAAUCCUUGAACAUGUGCAUCAGUGGAAUUUGCCAGGUGGUGGGCUGUGAUCGGCAACUUGGGAGUAAAGCCAAGGAAGACAACUGUGGAGUUUGUGCAGGCAGUGGUUCAACAUGCAGACUUGUACGAGGACAGUCCAAAUCACACGUGUCUUCUGAAAAAUUGGAAGACACAGUGAUUGCAGUUCCAUAUGGGAGUCGCCACGUGAAAAUCACAGUGAAAGGACCUGCUCACCUUUAUAUAGAAUCAAAAACUCUACAAGGGCAUAAAGGAGAUCACGAGCUAAAUGCUUCAGGAGUAUCUGUCAUUGAGAAUACCACAGUCGAGUUUCAGAAAAGCUCUGAUAAAGAGGUUCUGAAGAUGCAAGGCCCACUGGGCGCAGAUUUUAUUAUUAAGACCAGGUAUGUUUCUUCGAGGGACAGUAUAGUCCAGUUUAUGUUCUAUCAACCAAUCAGCCACCAGUGGAGAGAGACAGAUUUCUACCCAUGCACUGCAACUUGUGGAGGAGGUUAUCAGCUUAGCUCUGCUGAGUGUGUGGACAUACGUUCUGGCCGUGUUGUUCCUGAGCAUUCCUGCAAUUACUAUCCAGAAAAUAAAAAACCCAAGCCCAAACUACAGGAGUGCAACAUGGAUGAUUGUCCUUCCAGUGAUGGCUUCAAGCAACUUGCAAUUUAUGAUCAUUUUCAGCCACUUCCUCGCUGGGAAAGCAACCCUUGGACUGCAUGUUCAGUUUUCUGUGGAGGUGGAAUACAAACUCGAAGUGUUCCUUGUGUUGAAGAGAACAUGUUUGGUGAAAUUAUUCCAGUUGAGGAAUGGAAGUGCAUGUAUGCUUUUAAACCUGCAGUAAUUCAAAACUGCAACCUUUUUGACUGCCCAAAAUGGAUUGCCAUGGAAUGGUCACCAUGCACAGUAACAUGUGGACGAGGCCUGCGGUACAGAGUUGUACUAUGUAUAGACUACAGAGGGCAACACACUGGGGGGUGUAACUCGCAGCUCAAACCACACAUAAAGGAGGAGUGCACUGUGCUAAUUCCAUGUUACAAAACAAAAGAAAAACUUCCUGUGGAAGCUAAAGUACCCUGGAUUAAGCAAGCACAGGAACUGCAGGAACCUAGAGCUGCAUCUGAGGAGCCAACGUUCAUUCCUGAACCCUGGUCACAAUGCAGUACUUCAUGUGGAGUUGGCAAACAAGUACGAGUAGUCAAGUGCCGUGUUCUGCUUUCAUUUUCUCAAACAGUGGAAGAGCUGCCAGAUGAGGAAUGUGAAGAAGAUAAACCGCCCACCGAGCAAGUUUGUUUCUCUGCACCGUGUGAUGGUGCUACUGGAACAUAUGAAUCAGAGGUGACUUACUACGAUCGGGAUGACAAUGAGAUGGAAGAACAAUUUGACUGGGAAUAUGAAGGUUUCACCCCAUGUUCAGCUUCAUGUUUAAGAGGGAAACAGGAAACGAUAGUUGUGUGUCGUAACAAACAUACACAGGAAAGUGUGGAUGACAAUCUGUGUGAUGCCUUCAAACGUCCCCCACAUAUGGUUCGAGCGUGUGGUACUGAGCCUUGUCCUCCCAGAUGGGCCACAAGAUCCUGGAGACAAUGUAGUGCUACUUGUGGAGUUGGCAUACAGACAAGAGAUGUUUACUGUAAACGUCUGGUGACCCACGUUAUUGACGACUCCAUCAAGGUUGCUGAUGAGGAGUGUUCAGGUCCAAAACCUCCCGAAUUACAGGCCUGCAACCAAUUUGACUGCCCUCCAUCGUGGCACAAGGGAGAAUGGCAGCUGUGUUCACAAACAUGUGGAAGAGGAGUGCAAUCUCGCAAAGUCACAUGCAAACAGCUUUUGACUGAUGGUAGUUUUCUAAGCCUUGCUGAUGAGUUUUGCCCUGAUCACAAGCCGCAGACGCAGCAGCCUUGUGUGAACAUUGAUUGUCCACCACACCUGGCAUUAGGGAAGUGGUCCAAGUGUUCUGUAAGCUGCGGCGAAGGUAUCCAGAGCAGAGAAUGGGUUUGCCGUAAACUCACAACAGUUGGUCGGUUGGUCACAGUAAACCGUGAUAUAUGCAAUGCCCUCUCCAAACCGCCAGUGAUACAGCCUUGCAGAAUGCCUACUUGUAAAAAGCUUGUAAAGAAUGCAAAAACAAAGGCUCCACAAGUUAUUCGUGACCCUCGAAUUCUGAGUGUCCACAGAGUCUACAUUCAAACCAGACAAGAAAAACGUAUUCACUUUAGCAUAGGCGGUCGAGCCUAUUUGCUUCCAAAAACCUCUAUUGUGAUUAGAUGCCCUGUAAGAAGAUUCCAGAAAUCAUUGAUCAGGUGGGAAAAAGAUGGACACCGGCUACAAAAUACAAAACAAAUUGGAAUCACUAAAUCAGGAUCGCUGAAAAUUCAUAGCCUUGAAGCCAGGGAUAUCGGCGUGUACAGUUGCAUUGCGGGCCCUACUCGAGAUACCUUUGUCCUCAAGCUGAUUGGUAAUGAUAAUAGAUUAGUUGAACCACCCUCUUUCACUAAAGCAAAGACGAGGCAAAAUAUUGGGCCAGAGAAGAUGAGUCACAAUGAAUCUAACAGACUGGAAGAUAAAUGGACUCAAAUGAGCAAGAUGUGGCGAAGUUGGAGCAAAAAAAAUGAAUUCUAUGUAGAUGAUAGCCAAACUGAUGAUCAUGUUUUCCUGCACCUACUUGGAAAUCAUUUGGUUUCCAAAGCAAAGACUAAUUUUGCAGAGUUGUAUGAUUCUCAAGAGCUUAUUGAUAAACAUCUUGCAAGUUCUAACUUCCAAGGAGCCUACAGUAUGGAUACUGUACAGUUUGAAGGGAUCUUACGAAAUAUAAGUCUAUGGAUUGAAUCAGGUGAACUGCCUGAAGAUUUUGCUUCUCAGCUCAUGUAUCAAUUAGCGGCUGAAGUGUCUAGGCCACAACCAACUCUGGAGAAAUGGAAGGCGGCACCUCUGGAUGAUAAUGCAACAAACUCAAAAUUAUUAGAUAAAACUCCUAACACAUCAGAAACUUCUGUCAAUAAGGAUUUACAUCAACCGAGGGAGAAACAAAAGCCUCCUGUUAUUUUGAGAAAGAAACAAGCUCCUGUACUGCCUCAGAGAAAUGUCAGUGUGGCGAUUGGAACACUGGCAUAUCUGGCGGAUAACACUUACAAUAUAACACUAGUUUGUGAAGCUGUUGGAGUCCCUGAACCAGAGGUAACUUGGACAAAGGAUGGUGCACCAGUGAAAUUUAGUGAAAGGAUACUGCUGCUUGAUUCUGCAAGACUUCAGAUCAAAAAUGUCACAAGCCAGGACGCUGGUCUUUAUGCAUGUGUAGUAACCAGUGAACUUGGAACAGACAUUGAAACCUCAUUACUAUUGUAUUCAGAAACUCCAUCCAUCAGAUCUUCCAGAGUAAAUGUUACCAAUCUUACAACAUGGCAUUUAACAGCAGUUGUUGGAAGUGCUUUACUUGCCAGACUUGGGGCGACAAUCACCAUUUCUUGUCCUGUUGAAGGUGUGCCUGAACCAAAGGUUACGUGGCGAAAGAAAGGUGGUUUGUUGGGUGGCAAUUCUGCUGUCCUUCACAAUGGUUCACUGGUGCUGACGAAUGUGACGCCUACAAACCGUGGAACCUACGAUUGUGUAGCCACAAAUGAUGUUGGACAAACAACUGCAUCCACAUUUCUUAAACUAGCUGAGCCAAGAACCGCUCUUCAGUUUGUAACAAUCCACCAAGCCAAGGAAAGAAAACGUGUCUUAAUAGCAUCACAGGCAGGCACUCCAGCGACAGUUAAACAAGGAGAUGUGUUACGUAUAGGCUGUCCAGUACCUGCUAAACACAAAAUGACCAUUAGCUGGUAUUUCAGGAAUCAAUCCAUUCAUACGGUCCCAGAUCUUGAAUACAAAGUGUUGGCCAGGGGACGAGUCCUUGAGGUGAACACAGCCUUUGGGAGGUUGGCAGGGCAGUACAAAUGUCUGGCUUCCAAUAAUACUCAGUUGGUUUCUGCCUCAGUGGAUGUGAGCUUCUUAGGUUUCACGUGGAUGCCUGGUGACUGGGGUGCCUGCACGACAACCUGUGGUAACACAGGAGUCCAGCAAAGGAAAUUGCUCUGCCUGAAUACUGAUGGCAUUGAGGUGAAUGAGUCAGCAUGCUAUGAGCUUCCCAAACCUCCCUUGGUUAUUGAGCCAUGCAACACUCAGGAUUGUCCAGCCAGGUGGGUUACAUCCGCAGGAUCAGUGUGUUCUGUCUCAUGUGGGAAAGGAGUCCGCCAACAACGAGUGACAUGUGAGCAGCUAACAGCCAAUGGAACAUUAAGACUGUUAUCUCCAGUGUUUUGUGCAGAGAAGGCAGAACAGCCCCCUGAAGUAGAGGAUUGUUUAUUGCAGCCUUGUGUAGGAUGGAAGAGUCCAGCAUGGGGAGAGUGCUCUGGUCGUUGUGUGGGUCACAGUGUUGCUGUACAGCAUCGUCAAAUUGUAUGUCAGUAUACAAAUGGAACUUCAACUGCAGAAAUCACCUGUGACAAAAUGAAGAGGCCUGUCUCUGUUAGGCGAUGUAAAUCAAACCGAUGUAAUGUGGAGUGGAGAACGGGACCAUGGAGACAGUGUGCAGCAACAUGUGGAAUUGGUUUCCAGUCUCGACGGGUAGCUUGUAUCCAUAAGAAAAAUAACAAGGUUCUGGCUGAUCAGUAUUGUGGAUGGAAGAAGCGGCCAAUCACAUGGCAGCGUUGCAAUCUAACCUCUUGUGACACUUCUGAAGGAGAAUGUGCGGAUUCAACGCGCUACUGUGCACUUGUGAAACGUCUGCGGCUGUGUCAUCUGAACACCUACAAGCAGAGGUGCUGUGAUUCCUGCAGGAUGCUUUAAUUAAUAUAUGGCGCCAUUCGUUGGAUCGUAAUCAAUCUAUAAUAGACUGUGAAGCGAUUUAUACAGAACUCCAUGUCGGUGAACUGACUGCAGUAGAACCUGGUACAAGUUGAACCAGAGGGAUAUUUUAAUAUUGUUGUAAAUCUGCUUGUACAUACAGAAAUGCACAAAAGGUUUCCUGGCUGUUUCUUUAUGUUAGUCAAAUAUGUACCAGCUGACCCUUAAAGCAAGAGCUUCUCAACAGUUCUGCUUUUCAAUCUAAUAUGAAUUUGUUGUGCUUCAGUGUCUAUAUUUUUUUCUAAGCUACAAGAGAUAUGUGUUUAAGUUACAUCACAGAAGUUGGUAUGUGGACUAUUUACUUCCAUCUGGGACCAAAACUUUUUCUGAAUGUCCAAGUGGACUGAUGCUUCACAAACAUACAGCGAAGAUCAGGAAAAGCUUUCAACCCCAGGUGUGUUAUUGACAAGAGUGUUUAUCCCUUUUUAUUACUGUAAACCACUUUCGUUUCACAUCUGAUGUUACAGGUUUUUUAAUAUUUAGAUCAGUAGGCAAAAACACAAGAGCAUGAAGCAUUCAGUCCUUUAGGCUUUUAACUUGUAGAUGCCUAGAUCAACAGCAAAUUAAUGUCUGUUUGAACAUUAGAAUAAAUUAAGAAAACUCUCUUCCCAGCGGGAAUCCCACAUUUGUCUGAAAUGCAUUGAGGGAAUUGAUGUAUGGUGUUGUACGCUUAUCUGCCCUAUGUGCCUCCAAGUGUGCAUUACCCUCGGAAUGAAAGCAUAGAAUUUACUCUAUUGUUCUUGAUUGCAAAGAAAUAUCAUAAGUCAUAACGUGUGCUCGGGGCAAAACACUUAAAGGCUGAUCUCACUGAGUGUCUGUCUUUUUUUGACUGCAGCAUUCUGUUCUUAAAGCAAGCAAGUAAUUUAUCCAGGUUGCCUCCAGAUGGGAUGCCUAAGUUAUAAUGCGAUGCUUCUUCUAGUUUUUUGUAUUCAUGUCUCAAAAUGCUCCUUUGAAGGAAACGUAGGAAACCACUAUUCAUAAAAUAUUUAACAGAGUAGCUAGUUGUAAUAUUUAAUUAGUGGCACAAGUGCAUUUUACAUUACUCUUCAAAUAUAGAAGGAAAUAUUCAAAAAAUGCAAAACCUUCCUGUCUCUGGAGAGUCUCAACCACUUUCAGUUAUACUGCUAAUAGUUGACCCUUUACUGUUAAAUUAAUGUUGCUGCAGAGACUUGAGGCCUCAGCUUUACACAGAUAUGUAAUGCCUAUAAUUCCCAGGGCUAAUACAGGUUAUAAUCAGUGUGUGGGAGUUUUCUGUGGCAGCCCAUUAUAAAAAACACAUGCUGAAAAUGGUUCUUGCAUCCAUUACUGACAGAGUAAGUUAUACACUGUAUAUCUGGCAUUUUUCAGUGUAGAAUAUUUGUGAUGAUUAUAUGCAUAUAAAACUGAUUUAUAUAAUAAUGAUUUCACUAUUUGUAAGCCCCAAAUAAAAACUAAAAAUGCAAUGUGUUUAAUUUCCAAAGUCUUCUGAAGAAGUAACUAUUCUAGUGAAUCGAUUUUUCUUAGUUCUCUGUGAUUCAAGGACACUUGGAAAAAAACUGAGAUUUCCCUGCUAAGUCUUCGUAAAUUGUAAUUUUAAACAUAUGGAAUUUCACUUUGGAACUGGUCACGUUAAACAUUUGCCCUCAAAGUAAUACUAAAAAUAGCUUCUGGGAACAAUAUGACUGGUGAACUAACAAGCUCAAAUAUCAGAGUUAUUUAUAAUGUGUUAGCAAAAUUUGCAGUGUUUCACUUUCUACGUCUCAAUUUUCAGCUAUUUUCAUCCCUUACUUUCAAAAGGUUUCAAAAGUAACAGCACCUAGAAACUUUGUGAAUUGUUCCUUCCAAGGGAACAAUUCACAAAGUUUCUAGGCGCUGUUACUUGGCUGGUGCGUAAGAUGUACCAAAAGUGACUCACUCAUUGGUCUUUCAUUUUUUGGAUUUUUGGGGUUAAUUUUUGCCUGGGACUUCCAUCCCAUACCCAUCCCCCUGCCACCCCACCACCCAACAGUGCUCAGAUACUUACUGUGCAGAGAAUUGAGUUCAAAUUUCCCCAUUUCUCUAUAGAACAUGUUUGUACACUAAUACUCUGUGUCACUGUGCACAACAUGUAGCUGAAAUAUUCAAGUAUAUUUGGUAUCAUUAAUUAUAUAUAACAACUGUAUGCUCCUUAAUUUAAGCCUUUAUCCUUACAAACCCCAUUGUUUUCUUAAAGUCUUGAUGAAUCUAUAACUCUAUUGAGCUUUAUUAAAAUGAAUAUUCUGGCUACAGUAAAGAUGGCAGAAUAUUAAUUUUUAUUAUCCGUUGACAAGGUAAUGAUGCAGGGUAUUAAUUCAGUUUAGGCAUUUGUUAUGAUAAAUUAGAAUGUCAGUACCGAAGGAUUUCUGUAACUCAGUUGGCAAAUACUUCAUGUUUAACAAUAGGCAUAUCUUUAAGUUGAGUUUAACAGUAUUAUAGGUGAUGGAAAACAUUAAUUGUCUGUUCACGUAUGGUUGUGCAUUGAUGAGUGCUCCAGUUAUGUUCCUGUAUUCAGCUGUUUUAAGUUGGUCUUUUCCAUAAAUAGGAUAAAUAGGUACCUGAGGGAAUACCCUCUAUUUUACAUUGUCCAAUCAUUAAUGGGUCUUGGCCUUUUGCAAAAGGUUGUGCAUAAAUUAAGGAAAAAUAAUUGUAACAUAUUACUUGUACAUAUUUAUUUCCUGUUAAGUGCAAUACUGAAUGCUGUAUAUUGUGUGUUAUAAAGAAUAUUUUUGUUGGGACUUUUAUUUUUUACUACCAAAGCUUUGGUUUUAAAUUGCUCAUCACUUUCUAUUUAUAGUUAAAAUGCUUAUAGCUAUCUCAAGCACUUGCCAAAUUUGUCUAAGUUAAUUCCUUCCUCUCCAGACAUAGAAAUGCAUGCUACGUGGUAAUGAAAUUAUCCCAAGAUCAGCUUUUGUGUCUAUUUGCCAUUUAUACUAUGAUGUAGGGGUGUCCAAACUGAAGCCCCAUAGGCUACACAUGUAGCCCUUUACCUUUGGAAAACUGACCUGUAAAGACAAGAUGAUUCAGUCCUAUUUGUGUUUAUGUUCCUUAUUUAUAAGUUUAUCUGUCAAUCUGGAGGUUGGGAAAGGGUUGAUUUUAGUGCUGGAUCAAUUAUGAGUCAGUACACCAACAUCUGAUGGCCUCAGCUACUUGUCACAUUUGCAGAUAUCCUUGCUGCUCUAAUUGACUCCUGGCCCUCAACACCUCAAAUUUAAAAUGUUCUUGUGUUUGUUUAAUCCUUUCCAUGGCCUCAUCUUUCCUUAUCUCUGGAACCUUCUCUCACGACCCCCAUCACAAACUCUGGAGAGCAGAAUUUUGUUGGCAGUGUGGAUGUCCCAGUGUUCGGAUGCAAAGCAGAUGAUAUGUCUGCACGGACUAGCAGUGGAAGAUGAAAUGGAAUUUUAUCAGGGCUGCCUAGUUAAGAGUCAGCCAAUAACGGGGACCGAUUGAGGGGGACGUCUUGGCACCUCAAAUGUAGGUGCCAUAUUUGAAGGGGAAGCAUCUGCUGAGGAGGCUGAAAGGAAGGACGGAUACAGGUGACUGCAGCAAAAUGGCAGCUGCUGGAAGACAUGAGACCCAUUGUAACUUGCAGCGCUCACCACUUAAGGCCUCUCACUCCCUUUACUCUGCAUACGUAAGAUGAACCUUAGAGAGAACCAUCAAUCUUUAUAUCUCUGAUGUGUCCGCCAAGUUUUCCCAGCCUCCAACCCCGUGCUUUAUUCACACUCACCUUCCCUGUAAGGCAACACUAGCCAUGGCUGCCAUUUGUAGCUAAUACUAACUUGCUGCCUCCUGAAGCUCCAUUCUUCACGUGCAUUGCUGGAAAAAUCUGUAAACCUCUGGAAAAUAUCUAUUUAUUGGCUCCUUAACAGGCUCGGUUGCCUAUCCAUCGUCAAUAAGCAGUUUCCACUCGGUAGCCAACCGCUUCCAGGAAACAUCAACAGCAGGGGGAACAUGUCAGGCUUGCAUCCCAACCCAUUCCCCUGCCAUUUUGAUGGCCCACCCUCUUCCCAGCCCAUCACCCUGGUUCCAGAAAAAUGACACCCUCUGUUUCUCAGAGCGAGACCCCUGAAAUAUCCAUCCCCUUUUCCUUUGCCCCAUCAUUGGUGGCUGUGCCUUCAACUGUGUGGUUUCCGCUCUCAGCAGUCCCCCCCAUGAAUACAUUCUGCUUCUCCAGCUCUCUCUCUCUUGUCCAAACUUGUAGUCAUCCGUCUUAAUUAUCUUUUACUUUGUCCAUUUUUUUUGCUACAUCUCUUUGAAUCAACUUUUUACAUCAAAGGCACUAUAUAAAUGCAAAUGGUUAGUUAUUGUUCAAUUUUAUCUGUGGCCUCAAGUCUCCAUGAUACACAUGAUGAGGCUCACAUAAAUGUUUGGACACCCCUGCUAUAAUAUGGAGCAAGUUUGAGCUAUGCCUAAUAUUUGGAACAUUGCUUCACAGCUCCAGUUGUGAUGCCAGGGACAUUGAACAUUCAUAUAUUUUGUUGAACUUGCUUCAGCUUAAAAAAGUACAAUAAACCCACAUUGUAUUGCAAAUAUAUAAUCAUGGAAACAAUAUUUGUGCUGUGUAUGUAAUCCAGGUUUGUUGUGUGACUUUUUUUUACUGCAGUUUAAUAAAAUUGAACUUUUAACCACAAA